ACGGUUUUUUGUAACCAUUCGGUCAGUAUUUAUGUAGUCUGGGUAAAUUAUUCAUUCAGUCUUUCUCUGUCAAAAUGGCUGCCCCCCAAGAGGUGCGUGACGAUUUGCGCUCUGCGCGACGUGAACCUAUCCAGGCCGUCCAAGUAUUCGGCCGUAAGAAAACCGCCACGGCCGUGGCGUACUGCAAACGCGGACAUGGAGUGUUGCGCGUGAACGGACGCCCCCUGGACCUGGUGGAGCCCCGCCUGCUGCAGUACAAACUGCAGGAGCCCAUCCUACUGCUCGGCAAGGAGAAGUUCUCUGGUGUCGACAUCAGAGUCACCGUUAAGGGUGGUGGUCACGUUGCCCAGGUGUACGCUAUCAGACAAGCCAUCUCUAAGGCACUCAUUGCUUUCUACCAGAAAUAUGUAGACGAGGCGUCAAAGAAGGAAAUCAAAGACAUCCUUGUCCAAUACGAUAGGAGUUUGCUGGUCGCUGACCCUCGUCGCUGCGAGCCCAAGAAGUUCGGAGGUCCAGGUGCCCGCGCCCGCUACCAGAAAUCUUACCGUUAAUACCAUAUUUGGUGCCGCGGUUUGGUAUUGUAUUGCUGUAUUCGGGAGUACAAUAUCAUUGCGUGUUUAUAAAAUAAUAAAAAAACCAUAAAAAUUU